CACCUGACGAUGCAGCAAACCUUCCAACUUUACCUUUUCAGUGCUCAAGUGACCAUCAAAUCAUCCAAUUCGAACUUCAAACAUUCGCUUUCUAGACUCAAUCCGCUAUCUUUCAAUCGCGGCUGCACCUUCUAUAUCGCCGGCACUUGGUUAUCGCAUCACGGCUUUACCCAAUUGGGCAGAUGCAGUCGCGGCGCGCCUAGGACGCAAAAGCCAUGUCAGCAUCCCGGCAGGAAGACGGAUACACCGUGCACAGCGCACCGCCUUCAUUCAUAGAAGCAGCAGAUAAGAAAAAGAAUCAACACCACACACAAGGAACUCAAGUAGAUGAAGGAAGAGACGUUUCCCCAGACACAGACGUAUUCGGCGCUGGGUACCAAGACGAUGUGCUCCCCUACCAUGCCGCGGACGAGGACACGCAAGACCAGGUCGCUCCAUCGCUGAAAACGAGAUUCGGCAGAAGAGCAUCUUGGCGGUUUAUUCUCGUGAUCACUCUCGGUUUCUUCCUCGCGACAUGUCCGGUACCGAAACGGAAUAUGCCGUUCUACAUGUGGCUGGCUCUAACCACUUUCACUGCGUCCCUAAUGUCAUCCCCAUUCCGAGCUUAUGGCAGGCCUAAGAAGCUCGUCAGAAGGAUACUCGUAGCGUAUUUGGGGUUCUUUCUCGCCGUGUAUGCCUUUUUCGGAGCUGCUGAGGAGAUCCACAUCGACUUUUGGCGGCAGGGUCUGUUCUGGUAUCAUGGGCUCAAUCGUUUUCGGCCGGGAUAUCUCGCGAGGUCGCUAAUGGUCGUGACUGGAUAUCACAUGCAGAAAUCAAGUGGGUUGUAUGCCCGGGGUCAGAUUUUGAGAAUGUACCUUCUGUGUUUUGUAUGGGUUUACGCCGACGUGGGUCUUACUACCUUUGAUCUUGCUAGAGGGAGGCAACAAUGGUAGAAGCAGCAAUCUUCGGGGAGUGUGUGUGAAGCAAGAAACGAGGCUGAAAUUGUGCUAUAUGAUAUGUCUACGCAGCUGCUAUUUGACUUGAGCCAAUCUGAUGACUUUUCAUGUGACACAGCUUAGUUACAAGGAGCGUAUCAAAUGAAAGACCAAUUUGGAC